AAACGCCCCCACACUCUUCACUCACUUUAAGGCGAAUUCCCUCUCUCUCUCCUCUGUUUCUCUCUCCUCUCUCUCGGAGGAAUAAACCCCAUGAGAGUUUGGUAUUUGUAGGCCAAGGCCAAACCCAAACCUAGACCCAAAUUCCCUCCUUUCUCUCUCUCUUUUGAUCAUUCUCUCAAGAACCCUAAAUCACACUUCUCUGUUUUUUUUUUUUUUUAAGAAGAAAUUCCUCUCCUUUCUCUUCACCAUCUUUCCAUUUCUGGCCUCUCUCAAAUGGGUUCUAUUUAUUGUACCUUCUUUUAAUGCUCCCCUGUGGAAUCCCAAUUGGAGUUUAUCCGAGUGGUGGGAAUUCCCAGAUGGACUGAGAGACUCUGUGUCCAACAACUUCAAUUUUGUUUUGCUAAUUUGACUUUAUAUUUUUGUAUAUUAUAUAAUACUAUACAUAUAUAUUUAUUUUUUACCUUUCCAAUUCUGUUUUUUGGCACCUGGGUUCUGAUUCUAUGGCCGCGGUUGCUGAGGAUAUCGGUGAGGCAGCGGCUGCCAAGAAUUUUGAUCCGAACAUGAAACCCAAAUCAGAAUUUGAUGCUCAUAAGCUUGCUGAAAUGUUCAGCAAUUUGAACCCUUUGGCCAAGGAGUUUUUUCCUUCCUCUUACUCUCAUCAUGAUCGCCAAGAAUUUCAGUUUUAUUAUCAAAACAAUAAUCGAUCGUCGACGAAAAACUUCCAGGUCGCCGAUCAACUGUUGCACAGUGAUAACAAUCGAAGGAGAAGGCAAGACUUUAAUAACCAGGGGAGAAGAAGAUUGAAUAGUAGGUCUGUCAGAGCUCAACAAGAGGAAAGUAUAAGGAGGACUGUUUAUGUUUCUGAUAUUGAUAAGGAUGUCUCUGAAGAGGAGCUUGCCAAGGUAUUCAGGGAGUUUUGUGGAUAUGUUAAUGAUUGCCGAAUUUGUGGUGAUCCCCAUUCAGUUCUUCGUUUUGCUUUUGUGGAGUUCGCUAAUGAGCAUAGUGCUAGAGCAGCCUUAAACCUUGGUGGCACAAUGGUAGGGUCUUAUCCAAUUAAGGUAUUGCCUUCAAAAACUGCCAUCCUUCCUGUGAAUCCUACCUUUCUCCCCAAGUCAAAUGAUGAAUGGGAUAUGUGUACCAGGACUAUCUACUGCACAAAUAUUGAUAAGAAGGUAUCUCAGGCUGAAGUUAAGAGUUUCUUUGAAACAUCUUGUGGUGAGGUAACUCGCUUGAGGUUGCUGGGCGAUCAGUUGCAUUCAACCCGUAUAGCUUUUGUUGAGUUUGCUCUGGCAGAGACUGCUCUUCAAGCGCUCAAUUGUAGUGGCAUGAUCUUGGGUUCUCAGCCAAUCAGGGUAAGUCCUUCGAAGACGCCUGUUAGGCCGCGAGUUACUCGCCCGGGAUGCCUGAAGGCAUCUUAGAAGCAAACUCUCUCCAAUAUCAGUGGAUGAAAUUCAGACAAAUGUGUAUGAAUUGUCCCGAAUGUUGGUGAAACACUUUUAUUGCAACUGUUGGUUGGACAAGUGAAAUUCAGACAACUUGUGAAUUGUUGAAGGUGUUGGUGAAACAAACUUUUAUGUCACAGAAGUCGAGCUAGUUUCUUUGUGGCUGAACCAUGUUCAUAACUCUUCUUCAAUUGAAGUUCAUCUGAUUUAGUUUCAAUCUUUGACAAUUUGUUUCCUCCCCCACUGAGAAAGUCCUUAGUUUUUCCUCUAUCA